GAACCAACAUAAAACAGAGUCAUUACCGUAGACGUGCCAACGACUCCCUAAUUCAUUAGAUUUAGAAGAAAUCAUUCCUCCAAUUAUAGUUGGUAACUUGGAAUCUUGGUACUUAGACUUUUAACCCGUAGCAGUGUUUGUACAUGGAAUUGCUAAAUCUAUCAGGGUCAUGGAGAAAAGAAAUGGCAAAUCCCCAGCAAACCAAUUAACUUCAUCCCCGGCGCAAACUCGAAUAAUGCGCGAUUUAAAAUCAGGGCCGCUUGCAUCCCUGAAACGCUCCAGCUCAAAAUCAUCAUCCAAAUCUGUGGAGAUUAAUGCUAAGCCGACGACGUCGAGUACGAAAAAAAAGAAGCUUCAAGAAAGCGUGGAUGAUUAUGCUCAAAUUCGGGUACGAAGUCAACCGGAGCCUCCGGUACCAAGGCGAUGCCGGUCGGCCAGUACUUCUCCUUCAGCCUGGGCUUUAUCACCCGGCCGAUCUCUGCAUCCCCUUCCCGUAGUGCCCAAGUCUCCGGUGAUCACUACAUCGGAAAAAUUGAAAAGGGAUUUGAUUUCCGGUAGUAGUAGCAGAAAAGGAAGCAUUAGUAGUACUACCGGCGUAACAGUGAGUGGGGUUUUAAAAUACAUCAGCAAUAAGAUCAAGAAAGUGUCCCCUGUUCAAGAAGAAGAAUAUCACCAAUUCCGACUCAUGCAUAACAGGCUUUUGCAGUGGAGGUUUGUGAAUGCAAGAGCUGAGGUUUCAAUGUCUGCUGUGAAGAGAAAUGCUGAGAAGAAGUCGUUUAAUGCCUGGCUGAAAAUGUCCAGGAUGAGAAGCUUUGUUGUGGGGAAGAGGACUGAAUUGCAGAGGUUGAAGCUGGAGAUUAAGUUGUACAGGAUUAUCAGCUCCGAGAUUCAUUUGUUAAGAGAAUGGGCAAGAAUUGAGAGCAGGAAUUUUGAAGCUGUUGGAAGGUUGGCUACAAAAUUGUCCAUCAUUUCACUCUGUUUUCCGUUGGGCCAAGGCGCCAAGGGAGAUGUGACAUCAAUUCUGGAUGCAAUUGGGAUGGCGACGAAAGUGAUGGAUAACAUAGAAGCAACGAUUAGAAACAUUGAAUCAAAGGUGAACAUGUCAUUUAUAGGUGACUAUCAAAAUGUAUUUAUACGGCAUAGUUUAAAACAUGCAAUGUAACUGUAUCAACGACAACUAUAAUAAAUACUUCUUGUGUCUUACAAAAAUAGUCAAAGAGUAUAACAAAGUGAACUAUUUUUCUGAGACGAGGUAUAUAUGAAUUUUUUUUUCCCCAUUCUAGCAACAAGUUUAUUUAUUUUUUUCUUCAUUAAUCUGGACUAAUAAUAUAUGGAAUCUAUUUUGAUCCCUAGGUCGAACAAGCAUGCUUUCUGUUAACUGAACUUUCAAUCAUAGUCAAAGAGCAGAAGGAAUGCAUAAGCGAGCUCGAAAACAGUUUGGCACUGGUUGCAUCCUUGCAGGUGAGUUUUUUUUCACAAAUCACUUGUCGGGUUUGCUGAUGAUUGGGCCUGGGCCUCCUUGGAUGGCCUGGGUCGUCACAGUCUUGCGGAUAUUCAGAUGAAAGAUGAAAAAUAUAUUUUCGUCUGUCGGCCCAUUUGCCAGCACCUGAGUUUUAAGGGUGUAUUCGACGUCACAUUCUCAGUUUCAUCACAUGAAAUGCUAAGUUGUUAACUGGAAUGCUUUAUGUCUAAUAGACUGAAGUUUGGGAUCACAAAUUGCAGGGACUGGAGACUAGUUUGAGGGUGCAUUGCAUGGAGCUAGCUGAGCGGUCUACAAUGAUCAACUUCAUCCACUAGACUAAGGGUUACUUUGGCGUCGUAGCGACUAAUAGUCAAACAUUGGCUUGAGACAUUUUAGCCCUUUAUAUCAGGCCAAGUGUACCAAGUUACGAAUAACUUGUACCGUCUUCCCACUCUGAAAUUUUCCAACCCUUUUUUUUUUUUGCAGUAUAGAGAAAAGAUAAAUUUUGAAUCAAAAUUUGUGUUCAAAAAAACGUUAUACAUUAUGGGCACUGUGCUCUGUGCGGGAAGAGAGUAUCUUUAGACUGUAAUUAUGCAGCGACUGCCACAUUUCUCUUACCAACUUUAGCAAAGCUGAAUCACUUUAAUAUCAAC